CCUAGGCCUUGACCUCCGAGUAUCUUCCUGGCUUUGAGGUUUGGCCGCCGCCUAGGGGCAGCUCCUUGGGAAAGCAACUGCGCCGCCGGCCUCGCCCCGCCUCGCUGCCCGACUACAACUCCCAGCGGCCCUGGGGCAGUCGGCCCACGUUCUUCGUAUUAGUUCCGGCGCGCGGCGUGCUGGGAAGCGUAGUUCCGAGGGUUCCCGGGCGCGGGCCUUUCUGGGAAACCUCGGAGCUAGACGUGAGGCGUCGUCGAGCUGAGAACCUGUUGCCGUCUGGGACUUGGCCGGGGUUGUUUUUUUCCAGAAUGGAAAACCAGGGCGCACUCCAGGGGUCGGGCGUCGCUUGCGGACUCCUUGAGGAGUCUCCGGGGCCCCGCGGUAGUCGGCUCAUGUCGCGCCUUCCAAGCUGCACUUUAGUUGAGCCGCCCCCUCCCAGGCUGGACCCUCAAGUGUAGCAGGCGGGGGAGGGUCACCUGCCAGAAGGCCUGGGGCGCCGGCCCCGAGCCCAGGCCCCGCCCCCCACGGCUUAUCCCUAGCCGGGGCUCCCCCCGUGGGAACGGGGACCAGCUGGCCGGAAGCGCCAAACUGCGUCCCUGUCCCAGCCCCGGGGAUCAAUCAGGCCGGCCGAGGAGUUAAUUAUGUAAUGAGGGGGCAGGGGGUCGGGGCUAAUGAAGCCGCCGGGGGCUGGGAGGGGGAGGGGUGGGUACCCAGGUAUCCGGCCCCUGUCUUGGACCCCCUUCGAGGCCCCAGGGGUCUCCACCCCAGCCCAACUCCAGGGCCCCAGGGAGGGGAGGGGCUGUGAUGCUGGGUCUGGAAGGGGCUGAGCUGUGAGCUAUAAAGGGGACAUCAGCACCAGGGGACUCUAGGCAGCUUGACCUGAAGACGCCAGGACUACAGCAUGUACCAUCCCAGAGAGUUGUACCCCUCGCUGGGGCCUGGCUACCGCCUGGGGCCCCCGCAGCCCGGGGCCGACUCCAGCUUCCCCCCUGCCCUGGCAGAGGGCUACCGCUACCCGGAUCUGGACACCCCCAAACUGGAUUGCUUCCUCUCUGGGAUUGAGGCUGCUCCUCGAACCCUGGCGGCGCCCCCACCUCUGCCCCUUCUGCCCCCGGCGCUGGGCACUGAGCCGGCCCCACCAGCCCCGGAGGCUCCUCACUUGCUCCCCGGGGUCAGCCUGAGCUUGGAGAACCAGGAGCUGUGGAAGGAGUUCAGCUCCGUGGGAACAGAAAUGAUCAUCACCAAAGCGGGCAGGCGCAUGUUUCCUGCUUGCCGAGUGUCGGUCACCGGCCUGGACCCCGAGGCCCGCUACCUGUUCCUUCUGGACGUGGUGCCAGUGGACGGGGCUCGCUACCGCUGGCAGGGCCGGCGCUGGGAGCCCAGCGGCAAGGCGGAGCCCCGCCUACCUGACCGGGUCUACAUCCACCCGGACUCUCCUGCCACGGGGGCUCACUGGAUGAGGCAGCCCGUGUCCUUCCAUCGCGUCAAGCUCACCAACAGCACACUGGACCCGCAUGGCCACCUCAUCCUGCACUCCAUGCACAAGUACCAGCCACGCAUCCACCUGGUGCGGGCCGCCCAGCUGUGCAGCCAACACUGGGGCGGCGUGGCCUCCUUCCGCUUCCCCGAGACCACGUUCAUCUCCGUGACAGCCUACCAGAACCCACGGAUCACACAGCUGAAGAUCGCAGCCAAUCCCUUUGCCAAAGGCUUCCGGGAGAACGGCAGAAACUGUAAGAGGGAGCGGGAUGCCCGUGUGAAGAGGAAACUUCGGGGCCCGGAGUCGGGCGGCACCGAGGCCUACGGAAGUGCAGGUGAGCGUUGUUCCAGUGUCGGGGCUGCAACCCUGACCAUCCCUACCCUGAUCUGUGCCAUCUGCCCCCCAGAUAUGCCAGGGGGUCCCUGCGACUCCACCCUGGGUGGGGACGCUCGUGAGUCGGAGGCGGAGCAGGCCCCGGCGCCCCGGGAAGCUGCGCCUGCCCCAGCUCCGCCAUGCGGCGGCCCCAGCGCCGAGGCCUACCUCCUGCACCCUGCAGCCUUCCAUGGGGCCUCGGGGCACCUCCCCAGCAGGAACCCCAGCUUCCCUGAGGCUCCAGACUCUGGGCGCCCAGCACCCUACUCCGCAGCCUUUCUGGAGCUGCAGCCCGGGCCAGGGGGCUCAGGGUACCCAGCGGCCCCACCUGCUGCAUCCUUUGCCCCACACUUCCUCCAAGGGGGCCCCUUCCCCCUACCAUACCCUGGGCCUGGGAGUUACCUGGAUGUGGGCUCCAAGCCCAUGUACUGAGCCACUGCUGGGCCCCUCGCCACCCCCCCCCCCCAAUCUACCACAAACCUCCAGGCCCUUCCCCCAGCCCUUCAGCCCCCUCGUUCUGCUGGCCCCACCCCCCACACCAAAUGGCUGCCUUGGGCCUCGCCCCUGCCCCCCCACUUCACACUUUGAUUUUCACUCCCACCCACCACUGGCUUCAAAGCCCAGGCCAGGCUGCUGGGAGUCCAGCUGGGGCCAGCUUCCCCUUCCCGGCUCUCACCUCGGUGUGAAUGGAGGGAGGCUCUGCCUGGCCAAAUGGGGCCGCAGACCUGCACCCCCACCUCCCGGGCGGCCCACCUGGGCAAGUGCUACCCCGGCCACUGGUGCCCGCCUCGCCGGUUUGUUCUCAGGAGCAGAGUUAUUUUUGUUAAUAAAACGCAGAAGACA